AAAUAUUUGGAUUUCCCAUUGCAUAAAACGAUAUGUACAUCUUGGUUUUGAUGUAACAACUAGUGAAGAUAUAGAAAAAGCAAUACGAAACCUUAGUAGAACUUCAACUACACAUAUUCAGCCUAAUCGUAAAAAUAGAAAAAAAAGUAACAUAAAAACUAUUUUAGAAAUAUCCAAUUACUCUGAAUGGACUUGGCCAGUUGAGAGGCCGCAUGCAGGAUUUAUAUGCUCACGUCCAUUGCCUGGUUUUGGAAAACCUAAUUAUAUUUCAUCUACCCAAAUCUACAAACUACUCAAAUCAGAUAUUGAACAAUCACAACCUGAAUAUUCUGAUCAUACUGUACCCCAAGAAACUUGGAUGAUGCCUAUAUGCCAUUUGUCUACAUCGAAUUCUGAUUUAUGGGACCUUAGACGGUGGACUACGGCUAAGUUACAUGAAGAAUUGGAAAACCUUAAUAUUCCUGUUGAUAAAAGCAUGCUUCGAAGUGAAUUAGUAAAAAUUUUGAAAACAAAUUUAUGUCUAGAAACUUUAGACAAUUUAGAAAAUAAUAUUAGCAAUAUAGAAAAUACAACUGAAAGUACUGAUUUGAUGGACGUUGAUAAAUCACCAGAUAUUAUCUUAUUUUCAUUACCUCUUGGUUGGACGUUAAAACAUAAUCAAAAAUACGGAAAAAAAGGAGGAAAACGAUUAUCCAAAAACGUAGUAGAAGCUUUAAAAAGAUUUUUUAUGUUAGGUCAAGCAAAUUCAAGUGAUCGUUAUACUGCUAGUAAUAUGUAUAAUAGCUUAUUGGAACUUGUAGAGAGUGGAGAAAUUAAUGAAGAAGACAUUCCUACACAAAGCACUAUAGAAAAUUAG